UCCGCCCGGCUACUUCCGCCGCGCACGGGGUUUUGUGUGUGUUCGUGAGAUUCAGCUGGAUGCUAUGGUGCAUCUUUCCCUAUAUUGCACACAUCCUCGAUGACGUGGACACCCUUCUGUUUGCAGAUGAAAACAUGGCAAUGUCCGGCAGCCAAGCUGAUGUCCGACUUCAUCAGAAAGAAGAUGGAGACGAGGAGGAGCUCCGAGCUUCCAGAUCAGACAGUGGCAGUGGUGAGGAUUCUCUCGAUGGCCUUUUGAGGGGCUCCUGCCCUUUGACCCCGUCGCUGUCUCCGCGGAAGAGGAGCACGAGUCAGAGUAAAACGGAGCCGCCUCUGCUGAGGACCAAUAAACGGACGAUCUACACAGCAGGACGUCCGCCGUGGUACAACGUUACAGGGACCACCUUUAAAGAGGCUUUUGUUAUUGGUUUGUGUGGUGGCAGUGCUUCAGGGAAAACCACAGUGGCCAAUAAGAUCAUUGAGGCUCUGGACGUUCCGUGGGUCGUCCUGCUGUCCAUGGACUCCUUCUACAAGGUGCUGAGCAAAGAGGAGCAGGAGCUCGCAGCCAGGAACGAGUACAACUUCGAUCAUCCGGACGCUUUCGACUUUGAGUUGCUUGUAACAGUCCUGAGGAAACUGAAGAAGGGCAAGAGCAUCAAAGUGCCUGUCUAUGACUUCACCACACACUCUCGUCGCAAAGAGUGGAAAAUUGUUUAUGGGGCCAAUGUUGUAAUAUUUGAGGGAAUCUUGGCUUUUGCAAAUAAGGAGCUUUUGAAGCUGCUGGACAUGAAAGUGUUUGUGGACACCGACUCCGACAUUCGGCUGGUCAGACGUCUGAAGCGGGACAUCACGGAGCGAGGGCGUGACAUCACAGGGGUCAUCAAGCAGUACAACAAGUUUGUGAAACCUGCGUUUGAGCAAUACAUCGAGCCCACGGUCCAGGUGGCAGAUAUUGUGGUUCCAAGAGGUGGAGAGAACUUCGUAGCUCUGGAGCUGAUUGUCCAGCACGUCCACAGCCAGCUGGAAAAGCGUGAAAUCACAGUGAGAUCUGCCUUGGCUUCAGCACAUCAGGGUCAGCCGUUACCCAGCACCCUGAGCGUGAUGGAAAGCACACCACAGGUUCGGGGAAUGCACACCAUCAUCAGGAAUAAAGAGACGAACCGAGACGAGUUUAUUUUCUACUCGAAGAGGUUGAUGAGGCUCCUCAUCGAGCAUGCUCUGUCCUUCUUACCACUGAAGCCAGUGUCUGUUGAAACACCUCAGGGGACCAUAUACGAGGGGAAACGGCUCAGUGGGAAAAGGAUCACCGGAGUGUCCAUCCUGCGUGCAGGCGAGACGAUGGAGCAGGCCCUGAUGGCAGUGUGUAAAGAUAUUCGCCUGGGAAAAAUCCUCAUCCAGACGAACCAUGACACCGGAGAGCCCGAGCUCCACUACCUGCGCUUGCCGAAGGACAUCAGUGAGGAUUACGUGAUUCUGAUGGACAGCACCGUGUCCACCGGGGCAGCUGCUCUCAUGGCUAUUCGAGUUUUACUCGACCAUGAUGUUGAGGAGGAUAAAAUCUUCCUCCUCUCUCUGCUGAUGGCGGAGAUGGGCGUCCACUCCGUAGCCUACGCCUUUCCCAAGGUGCGCAUCAUCACCACAGCCGUGGAUAAGAAGGUCAAUGACGAGUUCCACAUCAUCCCAGGCAUCGGAAACUUCGGGGACCGUUAUUUUGGAACAGAUGCUCCUUCAGACUGUUACGAAAGUGAAGAAGGGAUGGAUUUAUGAGUCUUAUUAUUAUAAUUUUUUUUUGGAAAUGAUAGUUUGUGUGAAAGAGCUCUCGAGACCCGAGACGUGCCAUAAAUGCAGUAAGUGCCACUGGAAGGUCAGUGUGGAUUUUGACUCCAGAGUUCGGAGUUAUUUUGAUUGUAACAGAGGGUAAGAUUAGUGUCAGGUUUCUUUCCUGAAGCUUUACGAGCUGACGGUUAAAUCUGAACGAAGCGACCGGAUCAAUUUGAGAGUUUUGUAGAACUAACUAACUCGUCUUUGUGUUUUCUUUAACAAUCCUUUUGACAAGCUUGAAUUUUUGAGAAGUCUCUGAUGGAAAUCCUCACAGAUUUCGACACAUUUGCAGGGUAUUAUUUUAAUUGCAUUUUAGGAAAAAUUUGCCUUUUUUAAUGAAUUUUUCGGAGUGUGUGUGAAACAACAUUGUGGCUUAAAUGCAAUGUAAAGGUUUUUUGUUUUUUUAAUAAUUUUAGCGCUUAGUUGCAUUGAGAAAUCUGUUUUUCUUUGGUGCAGUAAAAAAAAAUUGAAGUUGGACUUUUAUUUAAAAGUAGAUGUAAAAGUAGAAAAGUAACCUAUUUAAUAUUUGUUCGCUGUCGCUCCAGAUGGCAGCACUGUGAAAAAUAAUGUUUAUAAAACCCUGGGAUGAUUUCCGGAGCAAGAUGAAGGUUUAUUCUGUUCGUUCUGACACAUGGGGGAUAGAAAAAGUUUACACACCCCUGUUUCAGAUAUUUUUCCACCUUUAAUACAUUACAGCAACCAAGAACAUAGAAAUGUUUAAAGGACAAAAACGAACAAAACGUUAAAAUAACGUGGGUGCCUAAGUAAACUAUGUUGCCAAAAGUUUUGGGACACCCCUCCACAUCAUGGGAUUCGGCUUGGCCCCUUAGUUCCAGUGAAAGAAACUUUUAAUGCUUCACCUUCAUACCAAGACAUUUUGGACAAUUUCAUGCUCUUUGUGGGAACAGUUUGGGGAUGACCCCUUCCUGUUCCAACAUGACUGCACACCAGUACACAAAGCAAGGUCCAUAAAGACAUGGAUGAGUGAGUUUGGUGUGGAGGAACUUGACUGGCCUGCACAGAGUCCUGACCUCAACCCCAUAGAACACCUUUGUGAUGAAUUAGAGCGGAGACUAUGAGCCAGACCAAAUCUAGGACGUCUGCUUUUACAUGCACAUGAAUGUAAUAUGGAGUUGUCCCGCCCUUUGCAGCUAUAACAGCUUCAACUCUUCUGGGAAGGCUUUCCACAAGGUUUAGGAGUGUGUUCAUGGGAAUUUUUUGACCAUUCCUCUCUAGAAGCACAUUUGUGUGGUCAGGCACUGAUGUUGGACGAGAAGACCUGGCUCGCAGUCUCCGCUCUAAUUCAUAAUUGGUAUGCAGCUGAAGUAUUAAGAGUUCCUUUCACUGGAACUAAGGGGCCAAGCUCAACCCCUGAAAAACUACACCUGAAUUUAGUGAUGUUGAGGGGUGUCCCAAUACUAUUGCCAAUAUAGUGUCAGUACACCCCUUCAUUAAUUCUUUGGUUAAAGCGUCUUGAUUGGAAAACAGCCCUUCAUUUUUGAUUUGCUGAUUUUAUUCCACUCUUCUGGGUUUUGAAUGAAAUUCUUCAUUAAUUCCUUUUGAACAUGAGAAUGGCGGAAAGUGUUUGGUCUUAUUUAAGGGUGUGUAAACUUAUUCACUCGGGUUAUCAUCUGUUUUUUCUUUCUGUUCUGUUUGGUUGAUAUAUUUGAUAUCAGAAGUAGGGAAAUAUGUGAUGUCAAUCAUUGAUGUAUAAACAGGGGUGUGUAAACUUUUAAACCCGCCAUAUAUUUAAGUGUCAUUUUUAGACUUUGAUGCAAAAAGCUACGCAAAUUCCAUUGUUUACAAUAAUGUUGUGUAAUAAUGUAAAUGAGGGCAAAUGUAUGAACUUAAUUUGGAUCCACAAAAACAUGAGAUAAACGAAGCAUCACAAGUGUAACAAAAAGAAAAUAAAGCAAAA